AUGACUGAAGAAAAAUUUAAUUUUUUAGUGUAUGUAUCUGCCGCGUUAUUAAUGAUAUUCAAGAUGUCAUUCACUGCAAUGUAUGUCCUAUUUCUCACUAUCCUGUUGAUGUCAACAACGCACGCCUCAGCCGCCUCAGCACUAGGUUGCCCAGUAGGUUGUAUGUGUAAUGACGAUACCUUUGUAGUUCAAUGUGAAAGAAGCAAACUGGACGUCAUACCAAUUACACUGAACCCAGCAAUACAAAGACUGGUUCUGAGGAACAAUAAAAUAAAGACUAUAGACGCAGCUUUUCAGUUUUAUAAAGAAUUACAGUACGUUGAUUUGUCAAGUAACCAUCUGGUUAAUAUUCCCAUGAGGAGCUUUGUUAACCAAGAAAAAUUACAGGAACUACACUUAAACAAAAACAAGUUGUCGUCAAUAAACAAUAAAACCUUCCAAGGGCUUAAAUCUUUAACUGUACUUAAUCUUAGAGAAAACUUCCUCGAAGAAUUACCCAAAGGUUUGUUUUCUAUACUGCCAAAGCUAGAAGAGCUUAACUUGGGCCAAAAUAGGAUAUCAAAAAUAGAUCCUUUAGCUUUUGAUGGACUGUUAACUCUACGAGUACUUUAUUUAGAUGAUAAUUCAUUAAGCUCAGUACCGACACACGCGUUUUCUGUUCUCGGAAGCCUAGCUGAACUACACGUUGGCCUCAAUGGAUUCACGAUCUUACCAGAUGACGCUUUUCGUGGCCUAGGAAGACUGUCCGUGCUAGAUAUAAGCAGUGGGGGACUUUCCAAUAUCAGUACUGAUGCCUUCAGGGGUCUUACAGGGUUAAGAAUGCUGAAUUUGGCUGAUAAUAGACUUCAGUCCAUUCCUACGAUACAAUUGGCCCAUUUGACACGAUUAGAAGACUUAACGAUUGGUCAAAACGAGUUUGUUAGGCUGGAUAAAGGUGCUUUCAAAGGACUAGCCAAUUUAAGGAAAAUAGAUAUAACAGGUGCAAACAAUCUCGAAUAUAUAGAAAAAGGUGCCUUCAGCGAAAACCUUAACCUAGAAACGAUCAUCUUGGUCAGCAACAAGAAACUCGCUACACUUGAAGAUGGUGCACUGGUUGGACUGCCAAAUCUGAGACACUUAGUGCUACGAGAAAACUCAUUUCGAACACUCUCAGAAUCGAUUACUAGCUGGAAUGAACUGAGAGGUUUGGAACUCACAGAUAACCCCAUCAACUGUGAUUGCCAACUACUUUGGCUUCUAAAUUCCAUUAACUCAAAAAACAUAACAAAUGUUCAGUGCUCUACUCCCUUGCAACUCCGCGAUAGACCCUUGAGGACACUAACUCCAUACGAUUUAGGCUGCUCGUUUCGCGAUAAUAGGCAACAAGCGAUCAUCAUUACUUUUUGUGUCAGUGCCACCAUACUGAUUGGAAUUUUAGGGUUGUUUCUUUUUCGUUACCGCCAAAGGGUAGGAGAAGCUCUUAAAGAUUACAAAUGGAACAAGCGAGCUAUAAGCAGAAAAGAACACGAAUACCAGAAGACUUUUUCUGACGAAGAUUACAUCACUCGUACUGGACAACACCAUAUCAAACCGAUUCCGGUGACGGAAUUGUAG